CAUAUAACUACCAUUUCCGCACUGGUUUAUCGCCUUCUUGGAAACCCUAACUCUCUCUCUCUCUCUCUCUCUCGCACCAACAAUGCCGCCGAAGUUCGAUCCCUCGCAGGUUGUGGACGUAUAUGUCCGUGUCACUGGCGGCGAGGUCGGUGCGGCGAGUUCUCUCGCUCCGAAGAUCGGUCCGCUGGGUCUCUCCCCCAAGAAGAUCGGAGAAGAUAUAGCCAAAGAGACGGCAAAAGACUGGAAGGGUCUCCGAGUCACCGUCAAGCUCACGGUCCAGAACCGACAGGCUAAGGUGGCUGUGGUGCCCUCAGCCGCCGCUUUGGUCAUUAAGGCACUGAAGGAACCAGAGAGAGACAGGAAGAAGACGAAGAAUAUCAAGCACAAUGGGAACAUCUCGCUGGACGACGUGAUUGAGAUCGCCAAGGUGAUGAGACCCAGGUCCAUGGCUAAGGACCUCACUGGAACAGUCAAGGAGAUCCUUGGCACGUGCGUCUCCGUUGGGUGUACGGUCGACGGCAAGGACCCGAAGGAUUUGCAGCAGGAAAUUACGGACGGUGAUGUUGAAAUCCCCUUGGACUGAGCUUGAGCUCCUGUCUUCGGGCGGAAGUCUAAGUGUUUUUUUUUUUAAAUUAUUUUUUAUUGUAACUUUUUGAAUUGCUUAGAUGAUUGGUUUUGUGCUAUUUGGAUAAUUGGAGAUUUUGGGAACUUGCUUGGACAUGUUUUUAUUUAUCAUUUUGAAGUUAAUUAGAUGAUCUGGAAUUACUUUUA